AUGGCCGAACCCUAUAUCAAGCAGGACCCCUACAUCAAGCCCGAUCCCGAGGCGUCUAACUCUCCCGCUCCGGCGGAUGAAGAAGAUCUGUAUGAGGAUGCAGGCGACCUCGAGUUCUACAGCAAAGACACUGGCGCUUUUGAGACGCUCUACCUCGCGCGCGUUCCUCGAUACAUGUGGGAAGCUUGGUACAAGCUUACCGAGCGACUGGGUGACGAUGAUGAGAUCCAAAUUGGCACUCUGCGAACAUGGAACGAGCAAAAGCCAGAUGGUAGCGCAAACACCAAACUUCGCAUGCUUCUCUCUCCCAACUGCCCUGAGCACCAGGUCCUGCCUCGCGAAUACGACCUCGAGGUCCUCGAACCCAAUGUCAGCAAUCACUUCAUUUUCAGCGAGGAAGAUUUGCCCGGUUUCAAGGCACGGAGCAAGGCGCGACAGGAAGCUGCCAAUGCUGGUAUCCCUGCCUCGUUGUUAAGGCAGAAACAACAAGCCAACAACAAUGGAGAGCGACCGAGUUAUGACCGCAGGAGCCGAUACCAGCCGUACUAUCGAAAGGCUGUCCCGAAGAAGACAAAAGUCUUUGGCAAGAUUCACUAUGAUGUGCGCGUUGAGCCUCGUGACAUUAGGGAGGAAGAGCGCCUGCUUCAGCAGAAGAUGAUAGAUGCAGAGGCAAACAAGUCCAAGCUCCGAAUCAUCAGCCGAAACGCAGCUUCAACGAUUGUCAACCCUGGAACUGCAGGUGCAGUCAACUGGGGAGGCAACUUUAUCAAAAACUCUGCUGCCACAGCCAAGCCAAAGAAGGGCGAGGUCUUCAAGGCUGCCCGUAUCCCAGAGAACCAGCUCUUGGAUCUUAUUUUCGAGUGUUUCCGCCAGUAUCAGUAUUGGUCUAUGAAAGCUUUGCGACAAAAGCUUCAACAGCCCGACCAGUACCUCAGACAAGUGCUCGAGAAGAUUGCGGUUCUUAACAAGAGUGGUCGGUUUGCCAACCACUACUGUUUGAGCGAUGCCUACCGUGAUAAGGGUGGCGCGGAGGCCCAGGAGGCCGCUGCCGAACCCAUGGACGACGACGAUGAAGACGAGGAGAUGGAGGACGUGUUGCCCAUGUCUUAG